AUGGAUUCCAUCAAUGGCCACGAUUCAGCAGCUUCGCCGGGGAAACCCGAAGGAAUUCCCGACGAACAUUCCGGGCAAACGCUGGAUAAUGUUUCAGUAAGGUCGGAACUGGAAUCCCUUCGCGCAGCGUAUCUGGCCCUUCAGUCAGAAUGCACCCGGAAGGAAGAAAGUUUAUCCCAAAUGAUUCGGGAAAAGGAAGAGGCUUUAAAGCAAAACAGUGAUCUUCUUGACGCCAUUAAAGACGUGUCGAGACUCCAAGCGAGGUCUCUAGAGCGUGAAGGUGUUCUGUUGAGGGAGAAGGAGGAAAUCAAGAGAGAACUUGGAGAUUCCAGAGAAAUAGUUGAAGUGUUGCUGAAGGAGAAGAGUGAACAAAGCAGAGAGUUUUCCCAAUGUCUGGACGCUGUCAAGGUGAUUAAACAGGGGAUGGCUAAAGUGAUUUCCAGCAUCAGCGAAGAAGGAGAAGAAAAUCAAAUUGUUGAAUCAGAAGGAGGCGGAGAGGAUCUGAAGGUGGAAUUGAAGGGGAUUUCGGAAUUGGUGAACAGGGUUAGAUUAAAACUGGAUGAAUUUAAGGAGAAAGGGGAUAAACAGAGGAGGGAGUUAGAACAGGGUUUGGUGAGUUUAACAGAGGAAAACAGGGACAUCAAUGACUUAUUGAGGAUUGCUCUGGUGGAAAAAGACACAGUGGAGAGAAGUUUGAGUAAGUUGAGGGGAAACAAUGAACAGAAAAGAGGUGUGAUCUUACAAAUUGCAGAAAGAGGCUUGCAGAGAGUAGGUUUCAGUUUCGGUUUUAUGCUGGGGACCGGAGCAGAUGAAUUGUCAUCUGAAACUUCUGCCACUGCUUCUGCAGCCUCUAAUUCUGAUGGCAGUGAUUUCGAUGAGGAAGCAGUUAGUCUGGCCUCAACUGUGGAAAAGAUAAUGAAGAACAUGCGGCUUGAGGUCACGCAACUUCGAAGAUCUUUGGAUGAAUCUAGGUCAGAAAUCGAGCGCUUGAAGAGUCUGAGAGAGUUGCAAACUCAUAAAAUUGAAGAAAGCACAUUAUACAUAAAAGAGCUAGAAGAAAGAGUGCGAAUGUUGACCCACAAAGUUGAGGAACUUCAGAUAGAAAUCAGAGGAGCUGAGAAAGAGGUGGUAAGGUGGAGAAAUGCAUGCGAAUUGGAGGUGCAAGCUGGGAAAAAUGUCUCUGAAGAACAUGAAAAAGUGAUAAACAUUCUGAAACAAGAACUGGAGAAGUUAAGGGCAGCUUUGCAGGCAUCAAACAGCAAAAUGAAGCUGAAAGAUGAACUAGUAGCCUCAGCAAUUGCAGCUCGGGAAGCAGCUGAGAGAUCACUCCAGCUAGCUGACAGCCGUUCUGCAGGACUUUGCGAACGGAUAGAGGAACUCACAAGACAGUUCGAGGAAGCUGAAAAGAGGGAGCGAGCAAAUAGGCGCAUGAUCAAGCGCAUUUGCUGGCCAUGGCGAACUCUCAAGUUCCACGCUACGCAAACUAACAUGGUUCUAGUAGGAAUAUAA